AUGGACUACCUCGUGGGGAUUGUACUGCUGGUGUGCGGGGUGUCUCCGUCGGCCAGCCUGGGUCCCCCGGAGACCAAGCGCAACGUCCCGCGGCUCAAGCUCUCCUACAAGGAGAUGUUGGACUCGAACAAUCUGAUCACCUUCAACGGCCUGGCUAACAGCUCCAGCUACCACACCUUCCUGCUGGACGAGGAGAAGGGCAGGCUGCUGGUGGGGGCCAAGGACCACAUUUUCUCCUUUAACCUGGUCAACAUUCACAAGGACUACCUGAAGAUCGCAUGGCCUGCUACCCCCUCAAGGAGAGACGAGUGCAAGUGGGCGGGGAAAGACAUCUUGAAAGAGUGUUCUAAUUUCAUCAAAGUGCUUCAGCCGUUCAACCAAACCCACCUGUAUGCUUGCGGGACCGGGGCCUUUCACCCGAUCUGUGCCUACCUGGAGGUGGGGAAGCGACCUGAGGACAACAUCUUCAGGCUGGAGACGUCGCACUUCGAGAACGGCCGUGGGAAGAGUCCGUACGACCCGAAGCUGCUGACCGCCUCUCUCCUAAUUGAUGGGGAGCUGUACUCCGGGACAUCAGCCGACUUCAUGGGAAGGGACUUCGCUAUUUUCCGCACGUUGGGACAACAUCAUCCAAUCAGGACGGAGCAGCAUGACUCGAGGUGGUUAAAUGACCCCAGGUUUGUGAGCGUUCACCUGAUACCUGAGAGUGACAACCCCGAGGACGACAAGAUCUACCUGUUCUUCCGGGAGAACGCCAUGGACGGAGAGCACACGGGGAAGGCCACGCACGCUCGGAUUGGACAGCUCUGUAAGAAUGACUUUGGGGGCCACAGGAGUCUGGUGAAUAAGUGGACGACCUUCCUCAAAGCAAGGCUGAUCUGCUCGGUGCCGGGGGCCAACGGCAUCGACACCCACUUCGACGAGCUGCAGGACAUCUUUCUCAUGAGCUCCAAGGAUCCCAAAAAUCCGGUCAUAUACGGUGUCUUUACAACAUCCAGUAACAUCUUCAAGGGCUCGGCGGUGUGCAUGUACAGCAUGUCGGAUGUGAGGAGGGUGUUCCUGGGCCCCUACGCCCACCGGGACGGGCCCAGCUACCAGUGGGUGCCCUUCCAGGGGAGAGUUCCCUACCCUCGGCCGGGGACGUGCCCAAGCAAAACCUUCGGCGGGUUUGACUCGACGAAGGAUCUGCCAGAUGACGUCAUCACCUUUGCAAGAGGCCACCCUGCCAUGUUCAACCCCGUCCACCCCAUCAACAACCGGCCAAUCAUCGUCAAGACUGACGUGGACUACCAGUUCACCCAGAUAGUGGUGGACAGGGUGGAGGCAGAGGACGGGCAGUAUGACGUCAUGUUCAUCGGAACAGAUGUCGGGACUGUUCUGAAGGUGGUGUCCAUUCCCAGAGAGUCCUGGCAUGACCUGGAGGAAGUGCUUCUGGAGGAGAUGACUGUGUUCAGGGAGCCCACUCCCAUCACUGCCAUGGACCUUUCAACAAAGCAGCAACAGCUCUACCUCGGCUCGGCCAUCGGGGUCUCCCAGAUGUCCUUGCACCGGUGUGAGGUGUACGGCAAGGCGUGCGCCGAGUGCUGCCUCGCCCGCGACCCCUACUGCGCCUGGGACGGCGCCGAGUGCUCCCGCUACUUCCCCACCGCCAAGAGGCGGACCAGACGCCAGGACAUCAGAAACGGAGAUCCUCUGACUCAGUGCUCAGAUCUGCAGCAUCACGAUGACAUGAACGGCCAGGGCACUGCGGAAUCCAAGGUCAUCUACGGAGUGGAAAACAGCAGCACGUUCCUGGAAUGCAGUCCUAAGUCCCAGCGCGCUCUCAUAUACUGGCAGUUCCAGAAGCACAACGAGGAUCGCAAACAAGAGGUAAAGUCGGAGGACAGGCUGAUCCGGACGGAGCAGGGCCUGCUGAUCCGUACCCUGCACAGGAGGGACUCGGGGACGUACCACUGCCACGCGGUGGAGCACGGCUUCAUCCAGACCCUGCUGCGGGUCACCUUGGAGGUCAUCGACGCCGAGCACCUGGAGGAGCUGCUGCACCGGGCCGAGGAGGCCGGGGGCGAGGGCGGCGGCUCCCGGGCCCGGGACACGCCCGGCCAGAAGCUGUGGUACAGGGACUUCAUGUCCCUCAUCAACCACCCCAACCUGAACAGCAUGGACGAGCUGUGCGAGCAGGUUUGGAAGCGGGAGCGCAAGGCGCGGCGGCAGAAGGCGCACAACGCCCCCGUGCACGCCGGCAAGUGGAGGCACCCGCCGGACGGAAAGAAGGGCAGGAACAGGAGGACCCACGAGCUGGAGCGCGCCCCGAGGAGCGUCUGACAGGGGGAGGGACCCCCCCCCGUCCCACCUCCACACGGAGGCCCUCAGCAGAAACUCAACUGGAAACGAACGUGGCCCGCUCCUCCAAGCCGCCGCGUCGGCGAUGUUUACAAUGGCGGAAAAAGACAAGCUCACACUUGACUCCCUUCUGAGUAACCUCCCGUCGAGGACAGAUGGAAGCCGAUACUGAACAAGACUGUGUAAAUAGUCAACAGCGGAGGACUGUGUUUGACACUUUUGAGUUGUAGGUUAGUUUCGUUCAUCGUUCGGGCGUUUUAACUGAUCACGUUUUUUCAAGGUAGGUGUACGAACUUAAACACGCUGUCACCUUCGACACAAACAAUGCCACGUUACUGCAGUAUAUCGACAGCUCAGCACGAUGGACCUCUGCUUAGUGGGGAAGUAAGUCACGUGAUUGCGUGUGUAUCCUGUACAGGACCCCGAUUGAGUAUCACUGUGGAACUCCAUUCGGUUGAGUGUUGAGCCGUCCAGUUUUAAAUGUUUUCACACCUUCUUCCUUGCCAUUCAGGUAGAGUCCUGAUUCUAACCUUUGUAUAUAGAACAUUACCGAGCCAGUCCUGUACUGCACAGAUUAAUAAACCAACACACCCAGAUCAGUACUAGUCAUCAUUAUUUAUGAUAAGAAAGUGUGACAGUCUUCAGACACAGUGCUCCUCAGUUACCUGCUAAUCACAGCUGACCCCUCUAUCUCUGCCAAGAUCCGGGAGAAGCAAUAGACUGGCAAACCGUGCAGUGCGAUAAGUGGUUAUCUGUGUUAAUCGGAAUAAGCUCUUCCAAGCCAGAUGUCUAUUUAAACAUGUUUCAAAAGGAUUUUUUUUUUUAUUUUUACAUCAACAGAGUUUUAUCUGAAGUGUCUCAUAACAGUGUCAUUUGUAUUUCAUUGUACGUCCCCUUGCUUUACCACACAACUGCUGCAUCCCUCAAGGGUUAAAUCCAAGUCCAGCAUUCUUCCACAUUCGCCGUUAUUUUCAGACGUUGUAUCCUUUCUGAGGGUAAAUCUGCCAUAUAUUCAAAUGAAUGACUUAUUCCAAUCACAUGUAUAUUAGUAACCUGUCUUUGAAAAGUAAGCUGUUAUUGGUGUAUGUAUAUACAGUAUCUAUCAAGCCAAGCACCACUGUAAUUUAUUCCUCAGUUUUGUGGAAAGGCUCAUUAAAAAACACAUUAAUAUUGUACCUCUUCUAACAGUAACAAUAGAAGAUAACACAUAUUUCAUACUGUACCUAUCAGUGAUAUGGCCCAAUACAUUCAAGAGUUUUUUUCACUGUCACACAAACAUGGUGGCUAUUUAACUGUAGUCUCAUUUUACAUUUAGAAUUCCUACCAUUUAUUGUGCAAGGCACAAUUAGUUUGGCAAGUGUCCUACAACAAAUUGAAAAGCAAAAGGUUCGCAUCAACAAACCAGCACUGGAUCCACUCCCACCAUUCUGAUAGGUCAGCAAAAUGUAGCUUUAACUCCAUCCCAAAUUAACAGCCAAUCGGAAGCUGUUCUGUUCAUCAUUGUCAUGCACAUGUUUGAAAGCAUUGGCCAGACUUUCUCCUUAAUGAAGCAACAGCUUGCACGCCUUGAUAUUGUAAUCUAAUGUUGGUAAUGUAAAAAGACGGAUGCUUUUUACUACAGCUUGUGCAGAACACACUCUGUAACUUUAACAAAGUGAAGUGGAUGAUAGGAAAUCUGGGGAACGUUUCUGAUGUCCUACAGCUUCCCAUUCCUCUGUUAUUAUCCUGAGUGCAUGCACAGAGACAGCAUUAGUGGGAAAGACCUAAUGGAGGGUCACAGCCAUCUGAGAUGACACUGGGCAUGGGCUGAAAUCUCCAUCGUGCUUAACAUGGAAUAUAAUGAAAACAGAGAAAAUUGGAUCCCGUGCUAAUGUGUUGGUGCUUGUGAAUGUUUCCUGUAAUUGCUGUGUAUGGAAAAGAAAGUAACGCUUCUGUAACACCAGCACCCGAAUUUGGGGGCUUACUGUGUUUGACAGCUGCUAAGUACAUGAUGCACCAUGUGACAGUUAGUAAACUUUAAAAUACAGAGUGCAUGAGGCUUCUUAGGCCAGAACAAUUUAGAGGUCUGUCAGGGUAUUAGCACCACCAUCAGCAUUAAUUCUGUUGAGUCAUUCCCAAUAUGCAAAAGUGAGUAUUUCCUAGAUUGCUAUUGUUUCAAAGUAACAUACACCCUUAAAAGUAGCUGUGAAUCAUGGGAAAAAAAAUAAGGAUGGUCCAGUGAAAAAAAGACACUGUACAAAUUGCAUGUGGACGCCAUUUUAGUGCAUCAGUUUGUUCUAUAUCAUUUAGUAUCUAUUAAUGUUGUGUGUAAAAAUAACUAAAUAUGCCCAUGCGUAGCACACAUUAACCCAUUUCAGAGGUGUAUAUAUUUUUCCCUUUGGUAAAUCAAAGGUACAGUGUAAAGUACUACCAUUCAUAGGUACUCUAUUCCAAUGUGUUGUAUAUCACAUUUUUGACUGACAAUAUCCAAAAUCCCAUCAUGUUUUCCCCAGGGUGAACAAAGAAUACUUGUUUGACUUUAAAAUGCAACUCCAGUACAGUAUCCAUCAGAUAGCAUGGUUGUGUUUUCCAGAGAGCAGGGAGGUGUU